UGAAAGGUGAGAGAGGAGGGCUCGUGCUUGGAAGGUUCGCGGGAAACGUCCCAAAACAAAUCGGUUCUGGUGGACACGCGAUCGACUCCAGACACAGUUUGAACUUGUCAAUCAAAAGGCAAACUAAUCGAUCUGAUCGAUCACAGGUGACGGUGAUCCGUGACUGACGGUACACAGCGGGCUGAAGCACUCGGUGACCGGCGACAGAGAUGGCGGAGAGACCCGAAGACCUGAACCUGCCCAACGCGGUGAUCACACGCAUCAUCAAGGAGGCGCUCCCAGAUGGGGUGAACGUGUCCAAAGAAGCCAGGAGAGCCAUUUCCCAAGCUGCCAGUGUGUUUGUGUUGUAUGCAACAUCCUGUGCAAACAACUUCGCCAUGAAAGCCAAACGGAAAACUCUGAACGCAGGAGACGUUCUGGCUGCGAUGGAGGAAAUGGAGUUUGAGAGAUUCUUGGAGCCGCUCAGGGAAGCUCUGGAAGUGUACAAGAAGGGCCAGAAGGGAAAGAAGGAAGUGUCCGAGCAGAAGCGUAAAGACAAAGAGAAGAAGGCCGACUCUGAGAACGAUAAGAGCAGAGAGGAGGAGGAGGAGGAGGAGGAAGAGCGCAUGGAGGACGAACCUGAAGCUGAGAACGAAGCCGAGGAGGAGGAGGUGGAGAACUGACGAAGCUCUGAUGAUACGAACGAUGAAAUGCACUCCGGUCACCGGCCUGGACGUGAUGCGUUUAAGUGACGCUCGGCCAUGAAUCAACACAUCCAGGUUCACAGUGCAGCACGGCGAGCUCUGAGGAGGCGGAGCUCCCUUAAUAACGUACUUCUCUGUGCAGCUGCCGUCUUCCAACCUGAUAAGAAACAAAGCACAAGGUCAAACCACGUCCUGCACUUCCUGCAUCUUUGUCCGUUUUGUAUUUUUGUGUAAAUAUCCGUGUCACCUUUUGAUACAAACGUUCCCAACAGGAAGCGACAUUCAGUAGUUCAGAAAGUUAAAGAUUCAGUUACACUUAGUUAAUACACUUUUCAGUCAGUUUACCACAGAGGGAAGGGACAACACAGACGGUAGUUUGACCUGCGUCCAGGUAGGAAUAGUUCUGAAAAGUCGCCAGAAUAAAUGUUGGCAUUUUACGUUUCUGCAAAACACAGAUACAUUACAUUCGUACGUUAUUAUGUAGCAUUUAAACUUUACAUUUAAACAAUGCUGUGGUUAAAGGCACCUGAAAGCAGCACAAAAAGAAGUGAUGUUGCUCCAGGUUGUGUUUAUGUUUAGGCACAAAGAAAAACCACUCGUCACGGUGGGGAAAAGGUCGUGCUCUGGCUUAAAAUACCGGUUCUUUGUGGCAGUGUCCCGGCAGGAAAUACAGCAAUGUCUCGGUAAAUAACAGCUGCUUUUUGUGGUGCUGUCCUCGGUAGAAAAAUAGCGACUAGUCCCUAAAAACAUCCACACGGAAGACGAAGCUUGACUCACUGAAAAACAGUUGAUUUUUUUGUUUGUUGGUCUGCAGCUUGUCCACCGUCCCCUCCACCUCCUGAGGACAGGCAGCUCAAACAGUAGGUCAGUUUAAAAAACGUUGAUUUGAUGCGUAUGAAAUGUAUUCAUGGUUUACAGGAACGUACGAUGCCAACAUUUUCUUCUGGCAACUGGACUGACGUGUUUUUUAUUUGACAAAGAAUCCAAAGUUCUCAAAUGUCAGACGCCAUGCAAAAGGAAGAAGUUUGUAGAACACGUUGCCAAAAAUAAAAAACAGUCUAAUAUUUGUAAAACAUGGAUUUAAAUCAGGAACUUUUUGAUCCAAGACAACAAAAUCUGACCUGAAGUUUUGAUUCAAGGCUUCUACACUUGUUCUGAAUUUAGCGUCCUGGCUGGAUUUGUGUUUUGUUCAGUAACUAGGUGUUUUCCUACUAACACACAAACAGUUUGACAAACUACUAGCAGCAGAUACCGAGCGUCCAACAGCUACAUGUGAUAAAUUCUACAUUGGAAGCUUCACACCUGUAACGACUGUUAGUUAAAACCUGUUGUGUUGGACGACAUGAGUUGAGCAUGAACAGCUGCAGCAGUGUGUCUGCGUGCGGUUCCUCUUUGUUCCUGAUCUGCUGAGUUUUUGAAGCAUUUGUACUUUUGUAGGAUUGUAUAUGACUGGCUGAGAUUUGCAAUAAAUAUUUUGUAUGAAAAGCAAAA